AUGCCUCGGGUCACAUCCCCCUCGAAGCCAGACCGCGUCGCUGAGCUCAAAGCGUUCGUGCAGAAACACUAUCCCGACAGUGAACGCAUCAACGUCGCCCUCUCAGCCACCGGAGAGGGGCAUAUCCUCCGCUGGAACUACAGCGAGGAUCUCGAGUCAUCCACCGGCAGUCCCGCCCUGCGCACCGCGACACCAUCACCGCACUCCUCCUCUGGGUCCCUCGUCGACGGCGACGGAGACAGCAUGAUGGGCGACGAGGAGGCCGAGUCCGAGGCGCGCUUCCGCACUCCACUGCCCCUCAUCGACUUCGACCCCGGCUCGGUCCUGUUGACGCCACGCAAGAACAGGUUGAAGCACGAGUCUCGCAUGGUCCAGAGAGGCCCAAGCACACCGCAACCAGCCGACGACGGCCACGUCCGCACCCGCGUCGUGCUCCAACGCGCCGACUCUCUCGUCGCCGUGCGCGAACCACCCGAGCCCGUACCGCGGCCGCGCCGGCACAGCACAGUCGUGCGCUUCGCGCCGGCCAAGAAGUGCCCCUCACGUCAUCCCACCGCGUUGGCGAGCGAGUCCACGGCGCGCACCAGCGAGCUGCCGACCGUCCGCAGACCGAAGGGGAUCCUGGAGCGGGAGGGAACGCCGGUGACCAUGAGGUCCGACGGGCCGCACAUGCGGAUCUACCGUGAUGACGGCGCCGGGACGUGGGUGCGCGAGGGUUCGCUCGAUCCGGCCGAACUUCCGUACGACAUUGCCGAUCUGGUCUUGCCCCCGCGGGCGAGCGAAAUGAUGGUGGCUCGGUCGUGGGCGGGAAGCGUGUAUCCGGUGUACGACAGGACGGAUACGGAGUCUGUCAAGUCGUUUAGGUCCGGCAGCUCGAGCUCUUUGAGUUCUCUGACCGAAUCGGAGGAUGGAGGGCAGGCUCCCGCCCCUCCGGUGAUCAUGAAGCUGCCCUUCAAAUUGAGGAGGAGCGAAAGGUUGCGGGAAAGACAAGGGCGGGCUCCUGUGGCAUGA